CUAUAUUAUCUCUGAACAUAUGCAGUGGGUUGCCGUUGGUUCCAACACAUAUGUCUGUUUACAUCUCUUUUCUAAAAUAUGGAACCCAGGUGCCUUACUUCCUAUUAAGUCUUGGAAAUAUGUCAAAGAUGUGAAGGAAAGACUAAAACAAUCAUAUCACUAGGACAGGGUAGAGGCUUAUUACUCGCCAGAGCUUGAAGCCCGACCUCAAAGCUGCGUGGGGGCAGACUUGCAUGGAAUCCGUUGGGCACAAAUCUUUGGCUGACGCUUACACGACCUCGACUUACAUGCAUACUUUACACCUCUCAUCGCCCGCAGCAUGUCCAAAGUACAAGAUAUGCGGGGUAAACGCCAAUUAGACAGAGACACUGGUUUUCUACGUCCAAUUGAAGCUUUACUUGCUUUAGUGCCUAAGGUCGCCUAUGCGGAUACACAUUUUGGUGUGCCAAAUGAAGGCAACCAGGAACAGCCUCGUCCGCUCGACCCAAACGCACUCCUCGGUUCUUCCAAAGUCACAUCACAUUCAAUGGAUCCAUUUACAGCACUCGGUUUAGCGGCCGCCAUCAUACAAUUCGUUGAGUUUGGAGCGAAGCUGGUUUCCAGCAGCCUGGACAACAUUGACCAUGCCGUCGACCUACCGAGACAGAGGAUCGACGAAGAGGUGGCACUGCGGAAGCUUGCGGAAAAAAUGCAGGAACACAGCUUUGGAGCUGCAGAGCCUUCUGAAGAGCUUGUACUGCACGCCUGGCGGCCGGGUUGCGAGUUUAAAACAAGCCUUGAGGGCAGCUUGGGCAACCAGCAGUCGAGCGUGCUGCGCGAGCUUAGAACGCUGAAAGAAGCCACUCUAUCGAUGCAAUCGAAUUACUCAGGGAAGCUCGAAGAAAUAUCUGCAGCUAUCCAGAGCAUCACAUACAAGUCUUCUAUCUCGAACGAGUCUCCAUCAGACGCCAGUGUCUCUUCUCACCACGACUCCCAUCAACUGCACGAGAAGCUCGCUUGCGGCGAGCGGCAGCAGUUCACAUCAGCAAUCUCACAGACUUGGCUCGAGUUAGGCAAGGGAAUUUGUUGGAUAUCUGACAAAGCAGGCUCCGGCAAGUCUACUCUCAUGAAGCAUCUGGGAAAUCACUCGCGCACAGCGGAGCUUCUCUCCGCAUGGGCUGAGCCCCAGGAGUGCAUCGUCGCGAGCCAUUACUUUUGGAGCGUCGGUACGCGGCUGCAAAAGUCUAUCAACGGGCUGCUGAGAUCACUGCUUGACGAGAUUUUCCGCCAAAUGCCUGACCUAAUCGACCAAAUCGUGCCCGAGGGGCCUGGUCAAAACGUGUACCGUCUCCAAUCGGGCGAGAAUGGCCGGGACUGGCCAAUCUUCCAGCUGGAACGAAUAGUGUACCAAAUGGUCGAUUGCGACAAGUUGGCCUUGCGCUUCUUCUUUUUUGUCGACGGGCUGGAUGAGUACGACGGGGACCAUCCAAAACUGAUCCUGAUCCCUUCCCGGCUUGCGUCGUCGCCAAAUGUGAAGCUAUGUGUUUCAAGCCGGCCGUGGAAUGUGUUUGAAGAUGCUUAUGGCAAGACGAGCUUGUGGAAAUUAGCCCUCCAAGAUUUGACUCAGAACGACAUCUGA